CUUUGCUUCUUCAUUCUUUCUCUCACCCCUUUUUUUUAAGAAUCUGUCUCUUCUUACCUUUUGGAUUCGUCUCUUCUUCAUCCUCUUCUUCGUUUGAUUUCUAAUUUUGGAUCCAGAGGGUUUAUAUAUUCUGUGAAUGAUUCAUCAGAUUUUGGACUUGUUCGUCUGAUAUGUUUUUAUUGCUUCAUCGGUGCGUCUUUUCAUUGGGGUUUUUAUCUGUUUUUUUUCGUGGUUUUGUUUUAUCAGAGUUUCGUGAGUUGUUGUUUAUGAUGAGCUGCUUUGUUUUCUGGGUAUUUGAUGAUAAUUUUUUAAAAUUUUUUUGCAGUGUUUGUUGAUCAGAUUGAUUUGAUCACAAGUUUAAUCCGUGCAAUCUCUGGUUCAUUGUGUUUGUGAAAUGUGCAUGUUGUUGUGGUCUUGGUGAUCAUUGAUAUGUUUGGUUCACUUCUUUGCCAUUCUUUUAGACGUGUGUGUUCUCUCAGUGAUGAUGGAAACUUUGAACUUAUAAUUUUUGAGGAUUUGAGAUUGAAUUUGUUUUUGGUUUAUGAAAUUUUAGUUUGCUGCUUCUGAAUACUGAUUUUGUUGAAAUAGCUGGUAACAGUGGCAUUGUAUGAGAUCACUUGCCUAAAAGUUUAAACACUUGUUUUAUUAAUAUUUUGGUCUAAUGCUGUAUUGUUUCAAUAUCAUGAUUUGUUUGAUCGUUUCUUUCUUCUUUUGAUUGGAAUCAGUCAUAAAGUCUUUUGACCAUUUGUUAAUAAACUUAUGCAAUAUUUUUUGUCUAUAUGGAUGCUUAAGCUUAAGGAGUCUAGUAGGAAAAUUUUGGGUGUAUGUCCUUACUGAAAUCAAUAUGUAAUUGAUUUAGCUUUCUCUGGUUUAUUUGUUUCAGGAAAGGGUAACUGCGAUGAAAUCUGUAUCCGUCACCCUUGCAUUUCAUGUAGUUUCAGACUGCACUGCCAUAAACCAGUGUCGGAUUAAUGUUAAGUGUUUGGUUCCUUGUAUGCGGGUCUGUAGGCAAGCAAUGCAUGAGUUGUGGAUGCCUGUGACUGAUACAUAGUUAGUUCCAGAUUUUUAAUUUAUUGUUCUGCUAGAGAUAGAGGUAGUCACUAGUCAUUAUUGUUAUUUUCAAGGAUUUGGUGGUUUGUAGGGAGUUUCUUGAUAAGUAGGGGUUUGGAAACUGACUUCUCUCUCAGAAGUGACCAGAACCUUUUUACUUGAUAGUUUCCUUUGAGCAUUGGUUAUGGGUCUACCACAGACUGCUUCAAGUGAACAAUCCCAGGAAGCUUUGUCUGCUCCUAGUUGUAGCCUUUCGCAAAGUCUGCCUGUGUAUGCUACUUCCGAUGAUUCAGAUAGCGUUAACAGAGGAAGUGAGGAAGGAAUCUGCUCUUCCAUUGGAGAAUUUGAUAGAAAAACAUCAUUGGAGCCUCUGGAGUUCACAGAUGAUUCGUGUAGAUUCCAUGGCACUCGUGCUGUUACUUCAUCGAGUGCUCAUGGAUCGACUAGUUAUGCUGCAAAUAAGGUUAGUUCGAGUCUAGCUGGAGCUAGAAGGAUAGUUGGUUUUGCCUCAAGCGAAACUAGCUUGCUGGACAACAAAGAAACGAGUAUCGCUGUUGAUCACUCUCUAUCAUCCAUUGGUGGAGUUACAGGAGUAGAUAUUGGUGGAGCGUUAGUCAGGAAACGAGUACUCUCCCCCCUGAAUACUCUCUUCCCUGUAAAAUUUAGAGGUGACCUGUUUGAUAUCAGCUGUGGUAACCACCAACAAAUUACUUAUUCUGGUCAGUCUAAUACCCCUAGUAGGUUACAUCUCUCUACCACUCCUACGACCUCAACCACAUCUAGUUGCUGGGAAUGGAAGAAUGCCUCAAACAGUGGUAGACUCUCGUCCAUGGUCUUUACUGAUGGUCCAGUGCUUGACUCUGUAGACCUCAGACGACCCACCAAAGGUGAGGUUUGCUUAUAUUCCCCACCAUAUGAAGCGUCUGGCAUAUCCAAUAAGCCAUUACCUUGUGAUAAGGAAAUAUCUGUCUCACCGCCGCUUUGUCUGUCACCACUUGGUCCGAAGUUUUCUGAGAGAAUAAAAGCUGUAAAAAUUGGCCAAAAUGGGAAGAUACUGGAAGAUUUAAGGAAUAUCAGUGAAGAAGCAGAAUUAAGAAUUGAUCAGAGAUUAUUUGAUGAUGCAUAUGCCAUUAGGAGAGCGUUUUCAAUGGAGAGAAGUACUGAAUCAGCUCCGGCAUCUCCAUGUAAAAGGUUCGUUAGAAGCUUGAGUGGACGCCCCAUUCAGAGGUCAUUAGUUGGUUCUUUUGAGGAGUCACUAUUGACAGGAAGAUUGUCAUGCGGACCAACAAAUCAGAUUGAUGGUUUUCUUGCCGUUCUUAGCAUUGCUGGGGGAAACAUCUCUCCAAAAUCACAGAAGCUUCCAUUCUCAGUAACUAGUGUCGGUGAUGAUUGCUUCUUGCUAUACUAUGCCUCCAUAGAUCUCGCAGGGGGAUCUAAAUUGAGCAAAUUAUGGGGCCAGAAAAUGAAAACAAGUCAAAUGAACUCUGAUGCUCAGAGUUCGAAGAGCCAACUGCGGAUCCCCAUGAAGGGUCGGAUUCAACUGGUUCUUAGUAACCCUGAGAAAACACCUCUUCACACCUUCCUUUGUAACUAUGACUUAACUGAUAUGCCAGCCGGCACAAAGACGUUCUUGCGCCAAAAGGUUACUCUGGGAUCAUCUAAUCCAACUAGUGAAGCAACAGAAGAGAACACUAGAAAAGCCAAAAGCUUGGUGAAUGAAAACUCUAAACAUGGGGAAAAAGAAAGUUGUGAAGGAUCUGAUCUAGUAGAUUCAGUGGAAGAAGAUGAGAAAUUUGACGAGUUACAUGAAAGUGGAAAAAGCUGUUUAAAGCCGUCUAAAGAAUGUAACGGUGGUUCUGGUGCUCUACGCUACGCUCUUCAUCUGAGAUUUCUUUGCCCGUCACCGAAGAAAGCUUCAAAGAAAUCUGAUGAAACCGAAACUACAGGGCAAAAGAAAAACUUGGAUUCAGAUGGGAAGAGGAGAUUCUAUCUGUACAAUGAUUUGAGAGUUGUGUUUCCUCAACGCCACACAGAUUCUGAUGAAGGAAAGUUGAAUGUGGAGUACCAUUACCCAGAAAACCCAAGAUACUUCGACAUCACCGACUGAGAAGAACUAAACUGGUUCGGCUUCAUGGUUACACAAAAGCUCUAUGGUUUCCUUGUUCAAGAAGAAAUCAAUAUGGACUUUUCUGUACAUACAAAAUUUAUAGUCACAAUGGCUCUCUGACCUACUUUGUACAGUUUACCAUUAUGGGGUUUUCUUUUCCAAGAAAACGAAAAAAAAACAAACAAACAAAAUAAUAAAAAGUCAUUUCAAAAGUGUUUAAUAUU